UGCUUCGAAUUCGCAGCUGUUUAUUGUCGUCGCGUCGAGGUUCAACGGCACCGCAUUCGUCUUGUUAAUGAAUGUGAUUGAAAGACAGCCGUACUGAAUAAGAUGGCGAGAUUACGGUCCAAGAUAGAGAAGACGAUCACGCUGAUCCUCAGUAUACUUGAAAAUGCUUUCAACUCUGGCAUCUUCUACGGUUGGCCCUCUCUCGUAUUCAUCCUCAAACAGCAACAGUUCUUCCGAGAAGGAUGUGAUGAUGAUGUUUCCCCGGCCGCUGUACUCCUCAAUGAUUCCUUUGGAUAUGCGACGUCAUCCCCUUUGGGCAGUGAGUAUGUGACUGACAUUCAGUAUGUUCUCACAGGCAACGAUUCUGGACCUGGACAGGAAAAUGACAUGGGCGAUCAUAUGCUCCCUUGCGAUUCACAGGAUAGCAAGUUCCAGCUUGUGUUCACAGUAGCGGCAUUUUGUAUGCAGGGAUCUGUGUUUCCCAGUGGUCUUCUCUUUGAUAGAUGUGGCACAAGAUUUGUUCGGAUCUUGUUUAGUGUCUUCAUCUUGGCUGGUCAUCUGUUUCUUGGGUUCAGCACUCCAGCGAGAGCCAACUUUCUGUUCCCUGCAGGUAUCUUGAUCGGUAUCGGAGGCAUCCUCAUGAUGGUGUGCAGUAUGCAGGUUUCCAAUUUGUUUGGUCCUAACAAGGCCACAGUGAUGACAUUGAUGAGUGGUUGCUUUGAUUCUUCUGCUGUUGUAAUGCUUAUCGUAAAGUUGAGUUACGAGGCCGGUCUUCCGAUGUCAACAGCCUUCUUCAUCCUUGCGGGUGCAACCAUCUUCUUCAGUAUUAAUACAUUCAUCCUGCUUCCUGUAAAACGCAUUCCUUGGCCGCUACCAUCGGGCUACGUACAGGUCAAGAGAUGCUGUGGAGGGACUGAAGAAAAAGAGGCUGUUAUGACACAAGAAGAAAUAGACAUGAAGGUGGCCGAUGAGAACGGCACUGAGAAGGAGAAGCUCAAUCGUAACGGGUCAAUUGUGAACGGAUCUGAUAGAAGGAAGUCAUCUGGUACUAAAGCGAAUGGAGGAGGUUCAACGAGAAGAAAGUCUCGGGUGAUUCAGGCCGAAGCUGAGGCAUGUAAAAAACAGUACUUCCCAACGAUACGCUCUUGUAUCCUUUCACCUCUCUUCUGGCUCCUGGUCGCAUGGAUCUCCAUCCUCCAGCUUCGUCUGAUCUUCAUGAUCGGAACCCUGAAUCCCUGGCUCAGCAGAUUGAGUAACAACGAUGAACAAGUUGUGAGCAAGUACACCAAUGUCUUCUCCUUCAUCCAGUUUUGUGGAUUUUUGGUUGCUCCUCUUGGAGGGCUUCUUCUUGAUCGCAAUAAGAUGACGACUGGCUGGUUCGCCAAUAAGCAUCUCGACAAAAGAAGUCCAUAUGCAGACCUGAAAGAUACCUGCUUCCCACUGGCCUUGACGACCAUCCUGUUCACAAUCUUCUCCAUCUGUAUUGUGAUUCCUAAGCUUGAGUUACAGUAUCUGACGUUCAUCAUCCAGGUCGUCAUCAGGUCGUUCCUCUACGGCUUGUCCUGUGCUGCUAUUCCAAUCAUGUUUCCCCAAGAAUACUUUGGUACCCUCUUUGGAGUGAUGGGAUCAUUUGCUGGUAUUUUUGGUCUUCUCCAAUAUCCAAUCUUCAGUAUCCUUCAAAAUGUACUCAAUAAUGAUCCUUUUAUACUCAAUAUCUGCUUCAUUGUAUUCAACCUGCUAACAGCAAGCCUUCCGAUCUACAUCUGGUUCUUUGUGAGACGGAAAGAAAAACAGUAUAAACUGGAGCAAGAAGAAGAGUUACACGAGGAGAAAUACACCAUCCUUCCUGCCACAUCACCCUCUGAUGCCUGAGGCUAAACCCUUAAAAUCGUUAUGUUCACACAUAUGUUUCUAAACCACACGUCAUCAUUACAAUUUUCAAUUUAAUGAUUUACUCGUUAUUUCAGAUGCUCCCAAAGCUGUCAAUCAUAAAGUUAAGUUGAAAAUGUUAAAAUACAAGAUAUCUUAUGGUUUCCACUUUAUUAGAGCUGCCAAGAAGUACUGAUUUCAGUAAUUAAUACUGAAAAUAAGAAAAAUACUGAUGAUUUGUGGAAGCAUUGUGGUGUAGCAGUUCUGAAUCUCGCCUUGAAAUCAGAGGGUUGUGUGUUCGAAUCCCACGGCGGCCUAGCGUCCUUUGGCAAGGCGUCAAUCCACACUUGACCCAGGUCAAGCCACUCUUGACCCAGGUGUUAAAUGGGUACCCUGUGGGAUGUGAACGUCAGUGUGAUUAGAUUGGCACGUGUGCACCGAUUAACACUUGCCUGGCUGGGAUACUCCCCAGGGUGUGGAGAUUGUGCACUUUAUGUGUGGAACAGUGAUGGAUCCUAUGACCAGGGUAAUAAUAAUUACAAUGUAAAGCGCUUUAAAAAACAAUACAUUAAGCACUAUAUAAAUGUAACUAUUAUUGUUAUUAUUAUUGUUAUUAUUAUUAUUGUUUCAUGCAAAAUACUGAUUUCUAAAGUAUCAGUUUCCUGUGCUGUCCUUUGGUAUUUCUUUAAAAAUAUAUGAAUUUCUCAACAAAAUACUGGUUUUUAGCCUUAAAAAAGACCGAAAGAUCCUCGUUCUGGUUGGCAGCCUUGCCUAUUACUUUUCGUAGAGUCUGGUAUGAUUAUCUUUGAUCUGCUUCCCAUGAAAGCUCCAGACAAACUGGAUUUUAAGAACAGCUGUAAAACCAUAGAAAACAUGUCCUUCACACCUUACCCUUCUUUCCUCAACAAAAACAUUAUUUGAUGCAAAAGAACUUGGAUAAUUGUAAAUGAUAAUAUGUCCCUACAAUUUUCCACUGUUGAGGUAUAUUUUACUUUUCUUUUCAAUCUCUAAAAUUAUGAAAGACUAUUCUUUCAUAGGUAAAUCAUUCAUUGAAAAAGAAAACUAUCAGCUGUCUGAAUAUUUGAGUUUCGGUAUUGAUUUUUUAAGAAGGGAAUUUUUCAAUAUCAACAUCUGAAACUUUGUAAGUUCUAAAGUGUAUAAUUCCUUUAGACCAGUCAUAUGUAUAUUCACAUUUAAAGCAAUGAUAUCUCUGUGAGAUUAUUAUGAUAAGAUAAUGUUUGUAUUUUCUCACACAUACAGUAGGAGUGAUAUACAUAUGAAUCUCUCUUUUUUUCCAGAAAGAAUGAAUUCGUAGUUUCAAUCAUUCACAUGUAUGCCAAAUGAAGUAUGAUUAUAUUGUCAUGUAAAUGUUAUACAUAGUGCAUGAUCAGGAGUUGAAUAUAUUGUGGGUGUCAUAGAUUUAGAUUUUUUUUUAAAGUGGAUUUUAUGUUACGGAUGUUAGGGUACAUGUUAUUGUGCCUUUUAUUUUUAGAGGUACCAUUAAAGUGCAAUCGAAUAUGGUGCCCACAAAUUACUGUGAAAGAAUAUGGUUGCUACAACAUAAACAUUAUCAAUAAUGAUGUAUCUGUUAUUAGUGCUUAGAGAGUUUGAACUGUGACUAGCACUAUAUAAUGCGUCCCAGAAAAAAAGGAAACCGGUAUUCCCAUGUCUUUUUUCUUAGGCGAAUGAAUUAUGAUAUCUAAUUCACAUAAUCAUAUAAUUCAAUUAUUUCUCUUUUAUUUUGAUACCUGAUAUAAGACAAACACUUCAAGCAUUAGAGAGCAAGACGAUUGGAUGAUUGGUUCGUGAUAGGACGACCGUGCUAAUUCAACGAUCGGCCCAUUAGCAUUUCUUUUGUAUUCUUUGUUAGGUUUCUCUCACUGAUCCCUGAAAUGAGAGUGGAUUCAGAUUCAUACGCGAGUUUCUGCGCAAAUCAUUUCUGAUAUGCCUUUAUUUAUUGUUUGUAAUCUGCCGUGAACGAUUUGUUAAGCUAUUGGUCUCAAAUUAGAGAUGAGAUUAAUCUUUUAUAAUAAGUAUCAACUUUAUAGUAAAAACUUAUUAAUAAUUGUGAAAUCUAUCUCUGAAAACAGGUUUUUCCUUUUAUUUGUGGGGUGCACUGUGUAGAAAAUGAUAUAUAUGCUGACUACAAGAUGCAGAAAAGAUCUUAGAGUGUAGUAUAUGUAUGGCAAUUGUGCUGUCUUUCGGUAUUGCAUAUAUUUUCACAUGAAAUAUGAAACUACGAAGGAUUUUUUUAUGAAAGCACUUUUCAACUGUUUGGCGUAUAUGUUCAGUAACAGCAAGCAUUCUGAGAUUCAAUAUAACUCUCUAGAACAAUCUAGAACUUUAGAUUUAGAUCACUGAGUUGAUGUUCUGUGCUUUGUGAGUGAAUAUAUUGAAUAAGACUAGCUGGUGAUAUAUGUAUUGUUAAUGCUGACAACGUUUUCUUAAUGCUUCCAAAAAUCAAUAGUACUACCUCUUAUGACAAAGCAGUAUGACAUGUUUUUUGUAUGCUAUUAUUAUUAUUUAUCCAGCAUUUCAAAAUACAUGAAUUAUAGAACAAUACAAAUUACAUAAACAAUAGGAUAUAUAUGACAUAAUACAAAGAACCCGGGGCCCAUUGCAGGAAGAGUUGCAAUCAAUCGCAACUCUGAAAAUCAUGUGCAACUUGAUUUUCAACCAAUCAACAGCAUACAUUUGGGACUUGCGAUUGAUUUUUUGACUCGCGUUCAACGCAACUCGUUCUGCAAUGGACCCCAAAAUUACCAUGAUCCACAGGUCUUCCUUCCCACACCCCUUUACCUCCAUCUAGGUCAGUAUAAGAAUAUAACAAGAAACAUGAAUUAAAACUAUACAACUGAAACAAAUGCAACAUGGAUCCAUCAGCAAUUAUCAUUUCAAUCGAUUCAUUGCAA